UUUAAAGUAAGUUUCUCCUUCUUCUUGGUUGUAUGGCGUGCAGGUCUGAUACGUUAUGGAUGUCACAAACAACAGUAGGGGCCAAAGAAAUCAGCGUGGUCAAACAUACAACAUGGAUGGUCGGAAUCCAAGGGAUCAAGACGACAAGAUAAAUGUCGGCCGAAGGUUCAACAACGAGGGGGUCAAGGACGAUGUGAGGGGGAUUUUGGGAAAAGGGAGCCAUAGCGAGAAAAGGCUUGCAGAAUCUCGCGGAAUGAGGUCAGUCGUAGUUGGUAAUGUGGAAGAGUCGCAAACUUCGGAGAUAGGCUUGGCGAAGAAAAGGAAGGUUGCGGACACCCUACAAAGGCUUAAGCGAUUGGAAGAUGGGGAUAGUUACAUGUCUUGCUUUCGAAGCUUCCGUCGCAAUGCGGAUUUUCCUAGCUUGGUUUUGGUAAACACGAUGGUGUGUUGCUUGCGAGUGCUUCGUGUCCAUAGUACCGUGCCAUUUACAUGGUUGAGAAAAGAGAUUCAUAGCGUUGUCCUCGUCUAUGUACGAGUUUACGAUGGUAGAGAGUUCCGUCCAAGAGUGUAGAGGUUCUAAAGGUACGGAGAACGGAGCAGCGAGAAGGCUAAAGACAAAAGGACACUUCCAUCUGGGGCAAAAAGACUAGAAAUAGUAAUUCCCCAAUAUUGGCGAGAAGUGCCAGAAUCUCACGCUGAAUUUCAGCGCAGUCCCUGCGAGUUCGAUACCGCUCAAUGUAGGCCUCCCCUAUGCGGGGUCCGGUCGCAAUGGACCGCUGCGGAAAAGGGGGGGCCCGAUGGGCCAAGUAGUAAUCCAAUAGCCGAGAGGUAUUUCAGAGUCCAGAUCCCAAUUGCUGCGGUAUCCUCCAGCUCAACCGAAUGAACCAGGUCCUUCUUAGAAGUCCCGAUGCAGAAAAAGAGGCUGCCACAGCAAUGGAUUUGACCUCCUCUCCAGCGUAGGUUACUGCACCUGGCCCUGCUAAUCCCGCCUCCGACUGACAGAGAUCGGCCCUAAGCAGGGCGGUGGCUCAGCUGCCGCAGAACUGCGACCAAUGGUGAGGGUGGGUCUAUGCCUUCUAUGUAGUGCAGCGCGACCCUCUCUCGCACUUGUGAUGUGCAUGAAGACGUGGAGAGUUCCUUUCAUUGUCGACCCGUGAACAAAAUAGGUACGUUUGC